UUGAAUGUGUGUUACUGUUCUCUAAUUAUGUGUUGAGGAUUAUCACAGUGUUGUGUAAUAACCCAGUCCUUACAUGGUUAUUAGUCUGCUGGCUGUCACAAUUUCAUWAAAUUGGCGUAUUUCAGAGUGUAGCCUAUAAUCUUUGGUUCAUGUUUAAUUUCAAACAGUUWUGAAAGGUAAUUCUUUAGCUUGAUCUUGUUCCCUCACUACAACUAUGAAGUGGGGGGCAGCGGGUAGGAGGAAUUACAAUCAGGCAACUCAUAAACCCACUACAAGCACAUUCUCUGGGAAUUGUUGAGCUCUUUUGGUUCUUGAAGACAUGUCACAACAUCAGAGACCAUCAGAAAACAAUAUGAUGACGGCAGUGUGUAUUGACACACCAGGGGGACCAGAGAGUAUGCUGUUGKGGAAUGUCCCCAGACCUCAACCUGAACAUGGAAAAGUCCUCAUCAGAGUCCAUGCAACCGCUCUGAACAGGGCUGACACAUUGCAGAGGAAAGGACUGUACCCCGCUCCACCUGGUGAGAGUGAGGUCCUGGGUUUGGAGGCGGCUGGUACGGUGGCCAGCGUUGGCCCAGGGGUUAGGCAGUGCUGGAGGCUAGGGGACCGGGUCAUGACCCUACUCUCUGGAGGAGGGUAUGCCGAGUAUGUGGCUGUUCCAGAYGAGCUUCUCAUGUCUAUCCCCACUCAUCUCACUGUCUACCAGGCUGCUGCCAUACCUGAGGCCUGGCUCACUGCAUUUCAGCUCCUGCACUUUGUAGCUCAGGUGAAGGAAGGAGAGAUAGUGUUGGUGCAUGCUGGGGCCAGUGGGGUGGGGACUGCCGCUGUCCAGCUGGUCCGAUUGGCUGGGGCUAUUCCCAUAGUUACUGCAGGAAGCUCUGAGAAACUACAGAUGGCAGAGACACUGGGAGCCGCUGCUGGUUUCAACUACAAACAUGAGGACUUUGCAGAGAAAGUUAGUGAUUUUACAGCAGGCAGAGGAGCAAACGUCAUCUUGGACUGCAUUGGUGGGUCCAACUGGGAGAGGAACGUGGCCUGUCUGGCCACAGAUGGACGAUGGGUGCUYUAUGGCCUCAUGGGAGGAAAGACCGUGACAGGAGACAUACUGGGCAAGCUGCUGUCCAAACGAGGACAGCUCCUCUGUAGRCUCCUCAGGUCACGCAGUCUACAGUAUAAAGCAGAUCUGGUGAGAGCCUUCUCAGAAAGGGCCCUACCUCACUUCUCAGACCCGACUAGCUCCCCCUGCCACCUGAGGCCUGUAAUCGACAGCAUGUUCAGUCUGGACCAGGUAGCUGAUGCUCACAGACACAUGGAAGCCAAUAGAAACACGGGAAAGAUUGUAAUCAAUGUCAUGAACCCACAAUGAUGGGACCUCUAGUGACGGUGUCAUCUUUCCAUCUAGUUCCAAACUCAACAUUUGGUUGAGCAACUUGGUUUAUGACCAUUCACUUCUAUAACAUAUAUCAAAAUUAAAUGUUAUUUGUCACAUGUGCCAUAUAUAACAGGUGUAGACUUUAAAA